AUGAGUAUUUGGCCGGCUUUCCUAGCACUUCUAACCCUCACUAAUGCCCUGGACCAAGAUUUCGUCGACGAUUUUAUGGAAAAAAUCCAAGAAAUCGGAACCGUGUGUGCCGAGGAGACGCAUGCCACUUCAGAUGACAUCGCCGAGUUGCUCGCCCGCCAGAUCCCCCCUAGCACCCACGAAGGUAAAUGUAUGAUUUUCUGCAUCCAAACAAAUUUCAAAGUGAUGAAGGCUGACGGAUCCAUCGACAGAGCGGGGGCGAUGUUGGCCCUCAAGCCCCUGCAGAAAGCCGACCCUCAGUUGUACCAAAAAGUCCUGAAGCUGUUUGUGACUUGCGGCAUGAGAGUAAAACCGUUGCCCGACCCGUGCGACACGGCGUCCGCUUUGGCCGAAUGUGCGAAAAACGAGGCCGAAGCUAUGGGUUUGGACGAGAGUGUGAUGAUGGGAUAAGAACGUGGAGUUGAGAAGUAAAGCUUUGUUGAACCAUGUGUGGCAGUAUUAAGUAAUUAAAUAUU